AUGAAAUUAUAUUUUUUAGCAACGUUUGCUGCUGGAGAAUGUACUGAUCUCCAUGGACGAACAAUUGCUCCAGGCUUACAUUAUGUUCCUGGUCCCGAUACUUGCACCUUGUGUGUGUGUGAAAGUGGACAUCCAAAGUGGUGUAAAGCAGUCUUGUGUUCACCUCCACAAGACUGCAAAUCAUUUCGUUUAGGAAAUUCUUGUUGUGAAUUUAUAUGCUUGGAUGACACACUGCAUAAAAACAACCAUCCAAACAACACUGUUAUGGACACUAGCACAGACUUGGGAUUACGAUUGAUUGCAAGUGCUGUAACUGCUAUAUUGUCCCUCUCUCUAUUAUUCUUCCUCAUUCAUCGGCUUCGACAACGUAAAAUCAGAGGUCGGCAGAAUCGGCAAUUAAGCGAAGAUGAGCGUAGUCUUGGAAGCAUUGGCUACAUAGCAGGCAGCUUAGCUUAUCUACCUGGCAGCAUGGGAUACCUAGGUAGUGGGAAUCAAGAUCAUCAUCUUGAGUUUCACUAUGAGGAACCUCCAGCCCAUUACCCUUUGUGGAAACCACCAGGCAAUUACUUUCCUCGUGGGGAAGCGCCUCCUCCCUAUGAAGAAGCAGUAGCAGCCGCUCGUGCAGAGGCUGCUCUGGCAGCAGUGGUCUCAACAACCUCAAGUGGCGCGCAUGGUGGAGUCGCUGGUGGUAACGGCUCUGUGGCCACCACAGGCACAAGCACGCAUAUUGGUUCAGGAUCAGGCCACCGCACAAUUCCUAUUAAUUUGGCUACUAGUGGGAACUUCCGUUUGGAACCAUCAUCAGCUACUUUGGGACGAGAGCCACGAUCUGUGGACUUAGAACCUCGCACAAGGAAUGUGGAAGUUACUGUCAAUCCAUCUCCAAAUUCUGAAUCGAGACGAUUGUCAAGGAUGAUGGACAUUCCCGCUCCACUGUCAAUGACAUCAGAGGAGAUUAAUACUGUUUCAGCUAUUAGAUCAGAUGCAUUUUAUGAAGAUGUUCUUGUGGGACCACCAUCAUCCUUAUCUGCUGUUGAAUGUUACAAUCCCAACAUAACAACUACCGUCCCUGGCAAGGCUAAAACUAGUUCAACAGUUUUGAAUGGUCCUGCUUCUUCUAGUGUCAGUAAUGAGACUCCCCUUCCAGCACCAAUAGUGGAGGGAGCAAUUGCAAUUUUAUCAAAUGAUGUGGAGAGUUCAUCUAGACGUAAGAGUUCACAACUAAAUGACCUGAAUAAAGGUUCCUUGGACAGUGGCACUUGUAGUUGCUCAUAUCAGUGUCUACCUCCACCAUUGCCUCCGGAUGAUAAUGAUGACUACCGUAGUGAAUGCGAGAAUUGUAAAAGUACUCAUGGAUCUCGAUAUUACUUGGAGGAGGAACCUGGUAUUACUUCGCCUCAGGAAACAAUGACACUUCACCGAAGGCCUCAAGAUUAUGAAAAUGAAGAACAAGGUUACUAUCGCACGUCUCUAACUCUGCCAACUCAUACACGGCGAUCAAGAAGACUCAUUGUUCAGAAACGACUCCGCUUCAUGGUACCCCAGGAGCAUCACACAGUGCACGGGAAAAUUGGUUUAGUAGCAUGCCAGCAUCGUCCACAUCAUCAACUUCUUCUGAAGAAGAAUGAACGGCAGCAACGAAAGAAAAUUUAACGAUUCACAUUUUUAUGUGAGUAAUCUUGAAUAUGUUUGCGCAGUAUAUAAUAUUUAAUUGAAUCAAUCAUGUUGCAGCUUUCAUUAAACAGUUAUGAUGUAUGCACAAUUAGUUUUUAUUUGAUGCUGUAAAUAUUUUGUAAAGUAUUUGUGAAAUGUGUACAUGCCAAAGUAAGAGUGUACAAAUGUGACAUGUUGAUGAAUAUUGAAUGGUAAUUUUGAUUUUAGAAAAUGGAAUUGGACCAAGAACUUGGCCUAAUGAAAAUAUAUGUUAGGAAAUGUUUGUCAUGGCAUUUUUGUUUGUGUUAACUAUUGACUCAUAUGUUAAUGACAGUAAACAUUUUAAAAAACAAAUUAUGGGAUCUAUUGAUGUAAUUAACAUGAUGCAAAGGGAAUAGCGGAAUAAGAUUGGUGAAUUUGGCCCACAACCAAAACCAAAAGAGGAUGAUAUUAUCUUAUUCUACUCCCAAAAUAAUCUAAAAAAACUAAAUUUUAUACAUUUUUAUUUUGCUGUACUGACAUGUUUUUUCUUCUUUUCUCAUACUUAACACUGUAUAUUUGCAGAAUUUAGAUUGCUUUUAAAUGUAAUAUAAUGAACGGGAUUCUUUAGACAAUUUUCUAAGAUGUACACUAACUUCUUACAACCAACCUACGGCACUACUUUUUAUUGAAAAUCAUACUUUUCAGACUUUUUUUUUAUUUUUAUUUUUCUUUAAGAAUUUGAGGACGAAUGUUUGAUUUAGGAAUAAAAUGACCGUUUUCAUUGGAUUCCUCUUCAAAAAAUACAUAAAUAAUCAAUUGAUAGAUUCCAGUUCACUUUCUUGUCCACCUCACUUUGGAAUUUAGAAAUGCGUCUGUUAUAAGUUUCAAAUAAGUUUUUAUUUUAAUGUCCCUAGUAUAGGCAAAGAAAAUAAACAACUAACAAACAAAAUUUCUCACUUAAUUUUUUGUAUUCUUUUUAUGAUCUAAUGUUCUAAUGUAUGGCUGUUGCUGCCCGAACUAGCUUUGCCACUCUUUGCUAAUGGAAGGGCAAAGCAUGCCAUGGGAAGAGAAAGAGUUUGAUAAUUUUUCCAAUGGAAUAGCAUAUUUCCAACAGAAGAAACAAAAGUUACAAGUUUUCUUAUUAAUAUAUGUUUAUAGUGUAUUAUUCAUUCAGCUAAUAGAAUAUUUUUGAUUCAGAGUACACUGAGGCAGUAAAAAUUGUGGAAAGCGUGCAAAUAUGCAAAUGUACAGGUAGGGGUAGUAUCAUGUACAAAACAUACAAAAGGGCAGUGCAUUGGCACAGUUUCCACUACACAAUACUACUGCUUUCUGGAUAUAAAGGGAAAUGCAAUCUCUCAAUUCAUUAUUUAUGAAUUUUUUGAUCAUGAAUACAAUGAAAAUAGUUAUUUUAUUCCUAAAUCAAGCAAUCGCUGUGAAAUUCUAAAAUAGUGGAGAAGGUAAGAUUUUAAGUGAAAUUAGUUCCUUAGGUGGUCGUAUUGAAAAUAUCGUAAGAAAUUAGUAUAUAUAUCUUUGAAAAUCAUCUAUAGAAUACAGUUUGUUAAGUUUCAUUUAAAAAAUCUAAUAUCUACCGAUAAAUAGCGUUUAAUAUUUGGGAAAAUGGGAAAAACACAUUUUCAAGAUUAGGUCACUAUAGUAUGAUCAAAAAUUAUAAAAAAUUGUUUUUCUAUAUUAUUUUGGAAGUAGAAUAAGAUAAUAUCAUCCUCUUUUAGUUUUGGUCAUGGGCCAAAUUCACUGUUCUUUUACUGUUAUACUCUUUCAACAAGUCUAGUCAUCCUCACUUUUAAACCAUGUGUAUUUCUUAUUUACCAAAGUUAAUAUUAUUUUCAACUUCUGUAACUGGAAGGCAAAUGCUUGGUAAAAUUCUAGCAGGUUACAAGCUAAUUCACUGGUGAUUUUAUUUUGCAAUUAUCAGUAUGCAUAAUAAUUGGCGGUUUUUGUGUUGUCGUAGAUCAGAUGUAUCCAUCUGAAGAAAAUCAAAAUAAAAUUGUAGAAAUUCAUAUUCAUUAAUAAAUUUUGUGAUGAAGUGAGUGGGAAAGUGAAUGUGUUGACAUGUCUUUGUGAAUAUGGAAAAAUGUCAUGUCAAUCGUGUAAGUUUUAUUUAUUAAUCAUGUCUGUAUAUAGUCAAUUGUAAUUUUUCAUUAAUUGUCAACAGAUUUUACAUUUCGUAUUUAUUGAGAACAAUUCUGUAAAUGGAAUGAUUUCCCUUUUCUUACUUCAACUUUCAUCUGUUUAAUAACAUAGUAUUGCAGAAAAUUUUAUUUAAUUGUGAUCGAAGGAAGUGUUACUUUGGUAUUGAUUUCAAACUCUUUAAAGACUCGGAAAACCAGACAAGUGUUCAGAACAUUAAUGGAGGAAUGAAUUCUUUUCUUUGUGUGAUCUUUGGGCCUACAAGUCACUCAAUAGUAUGUAAUAUUAUAUAUAUUGAUCUUUGUACAAGCAUGGUCCUUGUGUAAACCAGUGCCAGUGAUACGAACAAACUGCCCAAUUUAUUUGAAAUUGAACUCUAAGCCUGAACAUAUAACAUGAUGUGCUGCUGGCCAGCAGUCAUAUCCAAGGUGUUCUUGUGGUAAUAUAUGUCGAUCAUACAAUAUCAUAUAUGAAAUUACAGGAUAUAUGCAGAAUAUUGGUAGAAAUUAUUUUGUAAGUGUCAUGUUGCUCACAAUAAAAUAGUAAAUCAGUGGUAUUUUUCAAAAUUUGAUGAAACUGUGUAAUAUGCAAUUUACAUGCAAUUAAUAUGCAGUUAUCUUAUUGGUUUUGUAUAGAGAUUCUCACUCGCAUGCUGUGUAUGCUCUUUUUGCUAACAAGGAAUCUGGAUUUAAUUUAUUAUAGUACCUUCAUUCAAUUUUUUCCAUAUGUGUGAUUUAAUGUUGUAACAUGUGGAAUAAGAAUAAAUUUUAUGCUCAAUGAAUUCACACUACCAAUGAUCAUGUUUUAUGCAAGUUUUAUUCAGCAAUUUUGAUUGUCUUUCUUUACUUGAUCAUUGUGUUUCUCAGUGUUUUGUGGAAAUACUGCUUAUGCAUUUAAAGUUUGCUUAUUGCUUGAAUACAGGUGGUUUGAUGUAAAUAAUUCAUAAAUGCGGGCCUAAUGAAAUGUGUGUAAUAGAUAUAUGAGACAUACGGAUUGGUAUUAGAGAAAUGGUACUGUGUAAUCUGUAUUAGAAAUUGGCAAAACUGUAGUGUGUUUGUAGUACAUUAUUGUGUACUAAUUGAACGUUUUAUUUAUUCCAUGGGAUUGCUAUUUAUAUUGAAAGUGUCUCAUAUAUCCUGUAUUUGUGUGAUAAAUUAUUCUGGAUCCAAUAAAAAAAAAGAAAUUGUCUCAAAUUUCUAGGCCAUAGCAUAGUUCGAUUUAGAUCAGAAUUAUCUCUGUAUGCAUAAUAGAAAUCCCAUGUUUUAUUGUAUGACUGUAAUACUCAUGAAAUACUGUAUUCCAUUUUAUCAUGUGAUUCUUUAUAUAUUAUGUGUAAGAGCAAUGUUUAUCUUAAAGAAAUCUGUAAUUUUUUAUACAUUUAUUGCAUAUGAAAUUUAGUUUCUAUCUGUGAAUUGAAAUAAUGUCUUCACAUUUCUCUUGUGUGCACAUACAAGUGUUUGUUAUGAUACUUUACAAGAAAUCAUCCAAUUCUGAGUGGUAUUAGUGUUUUGGCAGAGAGAAUUCAACUAUGUAUUUGAAUAUAACAAUGCUCAACCUGUGACCUGAAUUUUGACGUUUGCACAAAUUUACUCUUGAAGCAUUAUCAACUUUGAGCAGAUGCUGGAAAUGCAUCCUAUUAUAUGAGACAUACAUGUGAAGUGUUAUCAUUAUUUGAAAUCUAGUCUAAACAUUUUUCCAAGAUUCAUAAUGUCAAUGAAACUUCUUUGUGUAACUUAACUGUUUUCCUUUUUGUUAUUUUUGCUUUACCACACCAACAAUAUUUAUUUGUGGUCUCAUAAUAUUUUUGUCAUUGGAAAUAGAUUCUUUAAAAGAAUAAUUUAGAUGUGUUAAUUUAUGUUAAUGGCAAAUGAAAUUGUUGAUGCUGAAUAUUUUGUUGUAAAAAUUAAUUUUGUUAGUUUUUCAUUUCUAUUUCAAUUCUGCUUAUCAUUUCUGUUAGAUAUCGAACUGAAACUGUACAUAAUUUCUAAUAAUACCAUUAGAGUCUUUUGAUUCGUUUUUCAUAAAAUUUAAAGUAAAGGAAGAAUGCAUGCUGCAUUUACGUUCAUCUAAAGAAACAGUUUUAUCGGGCAAUGGAAAGUAAAACUUUAAUGACAAUUUCCCAUAUUUUGAAUAGUUGUAUUUUAACUAUACAAAUGAUAGUACACAAGUUAUUGUGCUUCAAUCAUUUUAUAUUACAUUUAAGUUUAGUGUAUUUAUUCUGGUUUAACCGAUAGUUUAGAAAUUAAAAUUAAUUAAACAAAAACAUUGGCAUAUUUCUGCACAGGAAUGCUUAGAACUGUUGAAUAGCAAAUUGAGAAAUUGCCAGAAAUGUUUUAUGAAAAUUCAAAGUUUUCCACUCCACAUUUCUUGUGAUAUUAAAGGCCUUCACUGCCAGAAUUUGCGUUGAUUCAAUGAAAGAGGAAGAGUGACCUAACAUUCCAGCUUUUGUGUUAUUGCUUUUUCUAAGCAUAAAAUUUGAAAAUGUGUUGAGAAAGAAGGUACUAGUUUCAGCAUUCAGCAUGAUUGCUGUACUGAAAUGUAUAAUCUCUCAUUGUAUGAAGUGUGAACAAAACCAUGAAUUUGUGUCAAAAUGAUAUCAAAUCAGAAUUUGCCUUUUAACUUGCCUCUGCAUAAAGUUGAAAUUUAUGAUGUACUAGUUCAGGAAAUCACCCAAAUUAAUAUUUUUCAAAACUAUAAUCACAAUUAAUGUACUGUAGGAAUGAAACUGGUACUCUUGCAAUUAUUUCUGGAUAUUGUUUAAUGCUACUACAUUGUUCUCCACUAUUUCAUAUUAAUAGUAAUAGGGAUUAUAUGAUUCUACUAGUUAAUUGUAUUGCUAAUUGUGUAUGCAGCCAUCAAAUUUCAACACUUUGUAGUGAAACAUUUGGCUAAGAUAUGUUGAGUUAAGAGAUAGUUGGGGAAAUAGUUGUAUUGAGAGAAUUAGAUUGACUUUGCACACCUCCUUUUUUUUCCCUUCCUUCCUUCCUUCCUUCCUUCCUUUCUUUCUUUCUCUCUUUCUUUCUAUCUUUCCAUUAUUAUAUUAUUGGAGCUUAAGAUGUAAUGCGCAAGUAAAAAUGUUUCUACAAAUUAUGAGGUGUGUAGAAGUGCAUUUAUAUUCCAAUUGUGGCUGAACUUCCACAAAUUAUACAAGCAUUGUUUUUUUUAUUUUCCUUUAUGAUUUUAAUUUGCUGCACUUGGGUGGCCAAAGUUUGAUAAGAAUCUUUAAAGAUUAGGCAAGUCUCGAUUUAUCAUCUGUUGAAAGUUCCUCUGCUUUCAGUAAAGCCCCUUAUGGUCAACGAUAAGAUAGUGAAAUUUAUCUAAUUUAAUUAAUUUUAGAUCCCCAGUCAGAAAAAUUCUAAAUUGAACAUAAUUUCAAUUGAAGUUUGUGUAUGCAAUUUGGAACAGCUUUAGAUCUACUGUCUCAUUUGUGUUACAUUUUGUGUUUUUAUAGUGAUUUCGAGAGAGCAUAUAUUUUUGUUAAUGGGAAUAUGAAAAUGCACAUUUACACAAAUAUAAGAUGACUGCCUAAUUUUGUGAGGCAUCUUGAGAGUUAAACAAACAAACAAACAAACAUUACUAUUCAAUUGAAAUAAAAUUGGUAUUUCUCAAAUUGUCUAGAAAAUUGCUGUAUUCAUGAGAAUGUUAAAUUGUUUUGCCUGAGCUAUCUCAAUUUUCUCUUUCUUUAAAACCAUUAUCGUUUUUAUCACUUUCAAAUUUAUUUUUAUAUGUAUCAUUGUUUCUUUCUGGUCAUCCCCCUAUACUGUGUAAUUCUCUUGACAUUUUACUGUCCCCCCUCUCUCCCUUCUACCCAUCCCCUUUGUAAAGUUUUGCUCAUUGGGUUUAUGUUCUUAACCGAAACCCUCACUGGGGUAAGACAAGUGGCAUUCUUUGUGAGGGUCACAAGCAUUAGGGACAGGAGAACAGAUGGGACCAGACACUUCGGGCGGUUUCAGAGUCGGUUUCUCUCCUUGCUCUAUGUCUUGUAUUUUGCUCGACAGCUUAUAAUCAUUCUUCUCAUGCGAGAGGUUCAACAUUCUACAGGAGAUAGUUCAGCUGCUAAUAUGGAAUUUUUUUCCUAAGAUUGUUUUUUAAGAAAAUCCAUCACUGUGAUUGGAUGUAGGAGUAAGUUUGUUAUCAAGGUGAAAUUUUUACCUGCUUGUGUACUACAUUCGCAUUAUAGAGAAAGUUUUGUAAUGUGGCAAAAAAUGGUGAUUUUUCAAUGUUGAAAAACUUUAUUACGUGGCCCCAGUAACGAAAAAUUGGCUGAAUCUUGUUCCUAUAUAUAGUAAAUUACUUUCUCAAAUACAAUGUUAAGCAGAAUUAUCACCAAAAUUGAUAUUUCUCAAUCGAUCUUAGUGAUGUUGCAGUCCCUUGAAUUUGAAACUGAUGUUUAAAUUUUGGGGGGUUUGCCAGAGACCUUGAAAACAUUUUCAAUUUUUUCUCAAAAAUGCCUCCAUUUUUUAAAAUUUAACUGUCAUUGGAUAGCAUAAAGACAAGUGGCGCAGGUCUCAGAUUUGUUGAAUUAACUAUUUCUAAAAAUUGCCAAAGUUCACAGUUUUACAGUCUUUUUCAAAAUAAAAUUUGUUCUUCAUAAUUAGAUAUGUAAAUGACAUAAAAACUUUUUUUUUUUAACAUUUUUGCAAAAAUUGCCCCAAAUUUUUUUUGGUGAACUUUUUUGUAAGUAUUAUUUCGCUUCCACUGAAUAACAUGACAUAAACACCUUUUGUUGUAUUCUUUAGAUUUUGCAAAAAUUAAAUAAAUUUAUCUUUUUUGUGUAUGACUCAUGUCAUUAUAAUAUUAACAAUAGGUCACUUUUUAUACGUAAUUGAAUUUAUGAAUACAAGUGUUUCAAAUUAUUUCUGAUCAAGUUUCUCAAAAACUUUGUGUCGAAGGUUUUAUGUGAAAACAAGCUUAAAAUUGCUCAUUUUCAGAACUGCUCAAAUGACAUUUACUCAAAAACUGCUCCAACUUUUUGUACGAAUAGUGCUAAAUAUGCUGAUUUACAUGACAUACCUACCAGUUUUAUUUAUUCUUUUGAAUUUUCUAAAACUACUCAACAGGAAAAUUUUUUGAACUCUCACAUUAUUUAUAUUUACAACAAAGUGCUUCAAACAACUGUUCUGUGAAAUGAGCUCAAAAUUCUGCUUUUUCAGAAAGUCUCAAAUGACAUUUCUCAAGAACGCCUCCAAAUUUUUCAAUGAAAAUUUGCAUAAAGGACUAGGUUUUCCUCUCCUGUAAAUUCUUAAUGACAUUUCAAUCUGUUAUUAGGGGACCGAAAAAAGGACAAAAUAGUGGGGGAAAAUGUUUUAGCGCCAUUAAGUAACAGCUGGCAAGAGGGUGGGGUACUACCAAAAAGCUAGUGUUGACUUAAGCCAUUAGGAAACUAACUACUGAGAGAAAGUCUAUGUCAUUGUGUUGCAUUACUGGCUUCAUUUCAGUGCCUGAAAAAAACAACAUAGGUUCGCUCUCUCCGGACUUCAAACAAAUAGUCUGUGCGGUCUUGUCAGCAAGUGAAACAAAAUUUCGGCAACGGUUUCUAUUGUUUUUACAUUGUGUUUUACUUACUUCAAAGCUUUUGCUUUGUGGUUUUCUCUUUAUCUGCCUUUUAAAAAUGUUGAUCUAAAUCAUUUGGCAAAUCCACUGUACAUACCAAAAACACACCUGAGAAAAUAAUUUGGUAUUUUAGGUGUGUGUGGUAUUUAUCCCUUCUCAACAUAUUGUUACAUCAUCAAGUUUCGUUAUAAGGCAUAGGAAGUUUAAAAAUAUAGAUCCCAUCCGAUCCUGCUACAUUUGCAAAUAUAAAACAUACUCAUAUUUUGCAAAUUAAAUAUGUAGGGGAAAGCCUCAAUUUAUGUUUGUGGAAAUUCAGUAUUCUCUUUUAAGAUGAAAAUGAUAGAUGACCAGUGGCAGAGGACACAUUUUCUCUAUUACAAUGCUAUUGUAGAAUACUCGUAUCAAUUUAUUUUCUGCCCUCAAGUUAAAAAAAAAAUAUUAAUUUUAAUAAUGAAGUUAUUUUUCUACUUUAGUUUUUGAAGCGUUAUCCUUGUCUACCAAAGAUGUAUUUUUUGGGAUUUGUAUUUUUAUUUGUGUGUUCAAUUCUUUAUUUCUCGGGGGAUAAUACAAUGAAGUAAUUGAAAUAACUAUUACUAUUUGACAAAUACUUCUAGUAUGAUUUCAACACAAAGAUCUUUGUUGAGUAAAGGAUCAAAUAACUUCCAGAAAAUUUAUUUCUUCAAAACAUUUAAUUCAUUUUUUUUAUUUUAUUAUUUUUUUAACCAAAGAUUACAAUAC